AUGUCAAAUAUGAGCCAUGAUAUUUUGAACAGCGAUGCUAUAGAGGAGAGCGAUCUUCGACCAUCGUCCAGUCUCUAUAGCCUGAUGCGGCUCUUUCCGCUGAGAAACAUGGUAACACCGCAGAAGACUAAGAAGUCAGCUCCGACACCUCCAAGCUCCGGCAAAUCCCGCGGAGCUCGUCGUAGACGUGGUCGUGGUCCAUCCACGAAGACCUACACCCUCCACCGACGUAUACUGAGUCGAGAUACGGUUCAGCGGAGGCUUUCACACCCAGGUACCAAUCUCGACCGGCACAAGUUCCCGUUACCUGAGUGGGGGAAUUUCUACACCGUGAGAUUCAAGAUCAAGGAGGCAUAUAAGGCUGGUGCUUGGUCAAACGGUUCCGACGCGAUUCUGCACGAUGUGUACCUCGGUCUAUAG